AGGACACUGCUGCAGCUCAUUUGGAGCUGCAGUGCUACCAUUUUUGUGUGCACCUGGCUCGCUGUUCACCCGAGCGUUCCAGGGAGGGAGGGCCGCGGAAGGCUGGCAAUAGCUCUUCGUCGCACAAACCUUAUGUUACUCGCUAUCAUCGUUCCGGAAAUCAUCAUUGGGUGGGCUGCUGCACAAUGG